AUGCAGACCAUUAAGUGUGUGGUUGUGGGUGACGGGGCAGUGGGUAAAACCUGCUUACUCAUCUCUUAUACAACCAAUGCCUUCCCCGAAGAGUACAUUCCCACAGUGUUUGACAAUUACAGUGCUCAAAUGAGCGUGGAUGGCCGCACUGUCAGCCUCAACUUGUGGGACACAGCAGGCCAAGAAGAGUAUGACCGCCUGCGUACUCUCUCUUAUCCUCAGACCAACGUUUUCAUCAUAUGUUUCUCCAUCGGCAGCCCAUCCUCUCAUGCCAAUGUCAGGCACAAGUGGCACCCUGAGGUGUCUCAUCACUGCCCCAACGUGCCCAUUCUGCUUGUGGGCACUAAGAGAGACCUGAGAAGUGAUGCAGAAACCGUGAAGAAGCUAAAGGAGCAGGGUCUGGCCCCCACCACGCAGCAGCAGGGCAACACCCUGGCCAAGCAGAUCGGGGCUGUUAAAUACAUGGAGUGUUCUGCUUUGCUGCAGGAUGGCGUCAGGGAGGUGUUUGCCGAAGCUGUGAGGGCAGUGUUGGCGGUGGGUCAUAAGUCCUGCCAGAGCUGCUAA